AUGCAUUUGAGUAACGAAUUUUGUUUGAAUUUACCACCGCAACGAUACGGUGGUGGCGGCGGUCAUGAUCCAAGAUCACCGAACGGUAGACUGCGGCUGGAGGCGUUGCAACAUGAGCAACAACCCCAGCCUGGCUAUGGUAGUGAUGGCUCGGAAACAUUGAGUAUUCAGUCAGCGCAAAGUGCCUCAUCAAGACGAGCUCAUUCACAGCGACGAGUGCCGAACGGUGGUGAUUCGGAGCAACAGCGUCAUCUGUCUCAACAAGGUACGGUCGAUGCGAACGAAGAGGAAUACGCUGAAGAGGGUGCCAUAAGCGACUCACUUAUGACAAAAGCUAACGCAGCGGGCAUUAAGGACCGUAAGAAGAGUCUGAUGACGAGGCUAAUCCCAGGACGAAAUGCACCGAUGGAUCACAGAAGGACGGGUUUUGCAAGGUCUGAAGAAGUUGGUGUACCGGAAGCUUUGGCGAUACCGUCGGAUCGCUUUCAAGGGUCAUUCCUGAAGCAAACCUCAAAAGAGUCAACAGACUCAUCGCAUAGUGACAAUGAACGUUUCAGUUGGGGACCAAUUGUGCCGGAAGGACCACUCGGAACAUUCGUUGAUAACCUUGGACCUGGUCAAGUUGUUGGUCGACAGGUUCUUGCAAGUCCGGUGCUCGGUGAAAUUCAAGUGGGUAUUGCUGCGGGCAGAACGGGUAUCGAUGUUGAGAUAAUUCGUGCGAAAAAUUUGGUUGCAAAACCCGGUGUGAAAAUUAAUCCAGCUCCUUACGUGAAAGUGUAUUUGAUAGAAGGUAAACAGUGUAUCGCGAAAGCGAAAACG